UUAAAACCAAACCUACGCCCUUGAUUUAGGUAUUCAAAAAUCACAGCCUUCACCAGACAAGUAGCAUUAUUGUAUAUCACUGUUUUAUAGCACCUCUAGAUCUAGAUGCACAUUAAAAUUGUCAAACAUUUUUAGUAUUAAAAUAACCAAUUUAGAGGACUGUGUACUCUUUGCUUUCUAGUACCUGACAUUCUAAUUUUCUUUCAAUUAUUUUGGAGUUAAAUGUGUAAAAACGUACUGUAAGCAUAUCUGAAGUACAGACAGCAAGAGAUAAUAGAUAAUGGGCACAUGAGUGUCACAUUUGGGUGUAAAGUGAUGUACAAUGAAUUUCAAGCACAACAGCCCUCAUACAGUCUGUUAUGUCCUCUUAAAGUGGGCAGUAGGCCUUAAUAAAUGCAGAGAUAUCAAUAAAUUAGGCCUCUGGAGUUUGGUUUUUGGGGAUGAAAUGGAUAUUUCAGUACAACUGUGCCCCUCCUACUGACCCUCUAGGCACUAGAAACUGGAAACACAACAAAGUUUAGAGUUACACCACCUGUUAUGUUAAUGUUUCGUGUCGUCACAAAAGGGUCCAAGCUGGGGUGGAGGGGAUUACUAUAAGAAGACAUACACAGUCCUCAGUGAAGGAAAACGUGGACCUGUAGCUGAAGAAAGGGGGUAGGUAAAACAUCUGAAGGUACAUGUAAUAACUUAACUCAUCCUUCCUCAUGCUAUGACAGCUAAUAAUCAUGUAACAAUGUAUGUAGGAUAAGAUCAGACAGAAGUUUAGUGAUGAGAACUUCUUUGGAUGUCUGUGGAAGAACAUUUUUAAGUUUUGAAAAAAUGCCAAAAGCUCGUGUGAAAUAAUUCUUUGCAAGGGUUACGUUAUCUUCUUUUUCUGGACAGUUUGCACUGAGUGACCAUGGCUGAGUACAAGCUAGAGGUGUCAACAGGUGACAUGGAAUAUGCAGGAACAUGGGACCACAUAUAUGUCACUUUAUUUGGAACUGAAGGGCAGAGUGAGCGAACUGAGUUGGACAACUACGGCACUGACUUUACAACUGGGACAACAGGGACCUACACCAUAGACACCGGUGAUUCUCUGGGGAAACUUCUGCUGGUCAAGGUGGAGAAAAAUCCCUAUUUAAUUCUUCCAGAAGAUCAGUGGUACUGCUCCAAAAUAGUGGUGACUACUCCGGAGGAAGAUGUCAUUCUUUUCCCCUGUUACAAAUGGGUGUCCAGCGGAGAACUGGUGGAGCUGAGAGGAGGGAGAGCCAUGAAGGUUUCAGAGGAGGAACAUCCCCUGUUGAUUGAGCACCGCAAAAAAGAGCUGGCACUUAAAAAGAGCCUUUACCAAUGGCAGAUCGGCGAUGAAGGAAUACCCCACUUCAUCAAUUUCGAUGAUUCGUCUGAGCUUCCAGCUGAAAUCCGCUUCUCUAAGUCGAAAGAAUCUGAAAUAGAACGUACAACUUUGACAACUCAUAUUGAACUCCAGUAUAAGGGGCUGGUUGAAUCUACUGAACAAUGGAAAAGCAUCGACGACAUGAAAGACAUCUUCUGGUACAAAAAGACAACAAUGUCAGGUAGAUAUGUUACAGAGCACUGGAAGGAAGAUGACUUUUACGGAUCCCAGUUUUUGAAUGCAAUCAACCCAAAUGUGAUCAAGCGCUGCUCAGAGCUUCCUCCAAACUUUCCAGUCACAGAGGACAUGGUGAAGCCAUUCCUUGAGGAGGAUAGCUCUCUGGAGGAGGAAUUGGAGGAUGGCAAUAUAUUUAUCUGUGACAUGAAGAAGUUGGAUGGAAUACCCGCUAGAGACUAUAAUGGUGAACCGCUGCAUGUGACUCCUGGUCUCUGUUUGUUCUACUUGAACCCAGAGAAAAAACUGAUGCCGAUUGCAAUACAGCUGCAUCAGCAACCUUCUGAGCAGAAUCCCAUCUUUCUGCCCAGUGACCCAGAGACUGACUGGCUGCUGGCCAAGAUGUUUAUUAAAAAUGCAGAUCUUAUGGAUCAUCAGGCAGUCCAUCACCUCAUGAACACUCACUAUUUGGCGGAGGCCUAUACUGUUGCCACUCUCCGCAACUUCCCUGUGAUUCAUCCCAUUUAUAAGCUGCUGAUCCCACACUUCCGGUACACUCUCCCCAUUAACACUGAUGGACGAAAAGUUCUUUUUGGACCUGAAGGGGCUUUAAGUAUUAGUUCACUUGGAUAUGAGGGGCUGAUAGAGAUCCAGAGAAGGUCUCUCUCUGAGUUGACCUACAGCUCCCUCUGUCUGCCGGAGAACAUCACUGCACGAGGACUGGAGUCAAUCCCCAACUUCUACUACAGAGAUGACGGCCUGAAGCUGUGGAACAUCAUCAACAGCUUUGUAACAGAAAUAGUGGAGCACUAUUAUCCUUCAGACUGUGAGGUGGAAGAGGACUCUGAACUGCAGGAAUGGAUCAGUGAGAUAUUCACCCAUGGUGUCUUAGGAAACAAAGCCUCAGGGUUUCCAGAGUGCUUCCAUACUGUUGAGGAAGUGAUCAAGUUCAUCACCAUGGUGAUUUUCACUGUGACAGCUCAACACUCUGCCGUCAAUGAUGGACAGUUUGACUACAGCUCCUGGAUGCCCAAUGGCUCGCUCCUGCUGCGCAAACCACCUCCAACUACCAAGGGGGAGUCAAGCAUGGAGACAAUUCUGGAGACCCUACCAAAUGUUGGAGAGACAACAAACUUUGCAGGAAUGCUGUGGCUGCUUUCAGAAAAAUAUACAGAUGUUGUUCCCUUGGGUUCAUACCCUGAAGAACGAUUUGACGAGUCUGAGCCUAAGGAGAUGAUCAAGGAAUUUCAAGCAGAGUUGUCCGACCUAAGUGAAGAAAUUAAAGCCAGAAACUCAGAGCUUAAAGUGCCCUACACCUAUCUGAACCCUACUGAAAUAGAGAACAGUAUAACUAUCUGAGUAAGUCUGAGGGAGCCAUUUUACAUUUGCUAGGUGAGGUGGCAGACACAGUUAGUGGGGUGUUGCAUGCUGGAAGUAGAAGACUAUAUUUUGGUUUCUAUCAUGAGUAAGCUGGUGGUAUGGUAACAUAUGGAUCAGUUAGGAUGUAGCCCAAAACAGCAAACAUUUGGUGAAUAAUUUUAAUUUCAAAGUUUUCUGUAUUAGUGUAGUUCUCGGCUAUUGAUUUUGUGGUUUCAGUGCAUAACAGUAAUUUAUGCAAAUUAUAAAUUCUGAAUGCAGAACUACAAUAUGUUUAAGAUUAUGUGGAUCAGAUUUAUGUACUUAUCCCUCCCUUUCCUAUAAAACAUGAAGAAAAUGAAGACAGGGAUGAAUUAGAUAAAGCUCCAAGGGGAAAAAAUACACAAUUAGUCUGAGAUUGGCUGAGUUUGAUCUCUCUUUUUCAUGUCUAUAUUUAGAAUUUAAGGUUAUUUAGUUAAUAGUUUUAGUAGUAGAUAUACUGGAAAUGCUUAACUUGCUGACCUAAAAUAUCCAAAUAAAGGUGGUUUACUGUGUGUAAUUAUAUCUGUGUUCUCUGUCUCCUACUUUAUGUCCAGUACAUUUUUAUACUGAUCUCACCAGGAAAACUGACAUCAACUUUCCUCAGUGUGGACAGUAUGGAGUUGUAAUUUGUAAAGACAUGGAGAGAUCGAUGGUGUGCAACUAAGAGCAGUUGUACUAAUAAUCGGGCCCCCUCCAAAUGGUCACAAGAUAAAUCUGCCAGAGUUGUGAGAUAAUUAAUCAGAGAGGAAAAAAAAUAGCACAGUUCUGCUGCAUGAACCUGUAUUCAUAAUUAGGACUUUUCUUGAAUAUUGGUUUUGUGAAGUAUUGGAUAACUUGAACAGUUAUUUAAUCUAAAUUACCAAAGAAGUUUGGAGGGGAUGUGUUAGAGUCAGUUUUAACAUAGAAAUCUGAAACAUGACAGGGGGCCUUGAAUCAACAUUGCUUUUUUGUAAGGGGUCACAAGCCAAAAAGGUUCAGAACCACUGCUUUCAUCUUUAACAUUUUUUUAAAGAUAUUGUAUUUUUUAAUGAAAAAUCUUAACCUGAAAUGCAACUGCUUGUCAGAUAAAUGCAAUAGAGUAAAAAUAAAAUAUUUCCCUGAUAUAGUGGAGUAUAAACAUACAGUAUAGUAAUAUGCCAUGGAAAUACUCAAGUGAAG